UCUAAUUUUUUAGGACAAGAAGCCGAAGCUUGGUCGCUUCCAUCAUUAUUUCCCGCCAAUUACAAAUGCUUUGCUGAUUUUCUUAAGUUGGUAUUUAUGAUAAUGCUGGUGCUGGUAUUUGGAAAAGGUACAUCCACACUUGAAGUGGUACUUGAAAAGAAGAAAAAACAUAUCUGGUCCGUUCAAAUAAUGAAUGAACUUUUGAAGCGAUUCUCUAUGUAUGAGUAUGAUAAUAUCCAGGUGACAACAGACCCAUGGAUAGACCAACUGAUAGACCAAGAUCAAAGGAUAUAUGAUGACGAUGAACGGAAGGGGGAGGCAGUGAUAAUAACAGCAGCAAAGAAUGGGGUAACAGAAAUGGUAGAUAAAAUCCUGGAAAUGUUUCCGACGGCUAUUCAUGAGUUGGAUUCUGAGGGGAAAAACAUAGUGCUAUUGGCCAUAGAGAAUAGGCAUAUCCACUUGUAUCAGCUCCUUCUCAAGAGAAAUAUGGUGAAGGACAGUCUACUGGCAAAAUUGGAUUAUGGAGGAAACACUGCCCUGCACUUGGCAGCCAAGCUGGGAGCUCCAGGCUAUACUGAUCUGUCUCGCCGCAAUCCCAUUGCCGCCCUGCAAAUGCACUGGGAAAUCAAAUGGUACAAGGUAACAAACUCUUAUUCUACAUGUUUUUUUCCAAAACAUGUCGUGUACAAUGCUGAUGAUGAUGUGAUGCAGUUUAUUUUAAGAUCCGGGCCACCACGCUUCUUUCGUAGAUACAACAAAAAGAGGCAAACUCCAGCAGCGAUCUUCACCAAAACUCACCAGGAGCUUGCCUGGGUAGGUUGCGAAUGGCUGCAAAUAACCUCUGGCUCUUGCUCCCUUUUGGCAUCGCUGAUUGCCACGGUGGCCUUUGCCACUUCUACCACCGUUCCUGGCGGUGUUGGCGAUGGAGAGGAUGCUGGAAUUCCAAACUUUAUAGACAGGACAGCGUACAAGGUCUUUUCCAUCUCAUCACUCAUUGCUCUUGGCAGUUCUAUCAACUCACUCGUCUUGUUCCUCUCAAUACUUGCAUCUCGAUGUCAUCCGUCUGAUUUCGAAAAGAGUCUGCCCAGGAAACUUAUCUUGGGUUUGAUAUCCAUGUUCUUGUCCAUUAUUUCCAUGCUGGCUUCUUUUUGUGCUGCCCAUUUCCUUGGAACCAGCAGCAAACUCAGGAAUAUUGCUGCUCCUAUAUAUGCACUGGCAUGUCUUCCCCUGGCAUAUUUUGCCUUGUCUCACUUUCCACUAUACAUCAAACUUUUCUGGUCUACCAUUCACGAUGAACCACAGGAUACGUUCGACUACGCUCCACUUUAGUUGUGAACAAGUGUGCCCUCAAUCUACCAAGCUUUAGCAGCCCUUCAUGGUUCAUGUUCCUGUUUCAAGCUUUAAGAAUUAAGAUCAUAUGAUAUAAUCAGUGAAUAAACUUCAUACCUUGCACUUUUGCUUAGUAAGAAACUACUGAUCUUGGUGGAUGCUUAAGUAUAUCUUACAUGUAAUAUCAAACGUUUUUUUCCUAACAAUAGCAAUCUUUCCUUUAUGUAACCAAUGAUGAUUGAUGAGUUCAGGUAUCGUAACUCCAAGGACACAAA